AUGACUCGAAGCCAACAGGGAGAACUUGAGAAGCUUGAUCCUGAAAUUAAGCGCACUUUUCUGAGACGACGACAAGAGCAAAACAACAACACCAUGGCUGAAAACCAACAGGGAGAAGAAAAUCCAAGGAGGACUUUGAAGGAUUAUGCCGCACCUACGGUCCAAGGAUCAACAUCAAGCAUUAGAAGGCCAACCAUACAAGCUAACAAUUUCGAAAUUAAGCCUUCCUUAAUUCAGAUGCUUCAAAACGCAGUCCAAUUUAGUGGAUUGCCGAAUGAUGAUCCUAAUAUCCAUUUAGAUGCUUUUCUUAAAAUUUGUGACACUAUAAAAUAUAAUGGCGUUACUGAUGAUGCCAUUAGAUUGAGAUUAUUCCCUUUUUCCUUGCGUGAUAAAGCUAAGACGUGGUUAACUUCUCUUCCUGCAGGAUCUAUCACGACUUGGAAUGACAUGGCUCAAAAAUUCAUUAGUAAGUACUUUCCUCCUGCUAAGUCUGCCAAGAUGCGUAACGAUAUUACUUCUUUUGUACAGAUGGAUGGUGAAUCUCUGUACGAAGCAUGGGAGAGGUUUAAAGAACUACUAAGGCGUUGUCCGCAUCAUGGCCUACCAGUUUGGAUGCAAGUGCAUACAUUCUACAAUGGAGUGAUGCCGAAUUUGAGGUCUACCAUUGAUGCCGCAGCUGGAGGGACGUUGAACAAUAAAUCGCCUGAGGAAGCCUUUGAUCUUUUGGAGGAGAUGGCGGCUAAUAGCUACCAAUGGCCAAUUGAGAGGCUAUCUGCUAGAAAGUCGAGUCGAAUUCAUGAAGUCUUUGUCAAUACUACCAUUGCCGCAGAUUUUGCUGCUUUAAACAAAAAGAUCGACUCAGUGUUGAAGAUUCAAGGCCCAACUUGUGAAUUUUGCAAUGGAAGCCAUGCUAGCACCAAAUGUCAGGUAGGUAAUCCUUUCACACAUCCUCCUGAAAAUACUAACUUUGUUGGAAAUUUUAGCAGGCCUCCCCAGAACAAUCCAUAUUCAAACACCUAUAAUCCUGGAUGGCGAAACCACCCGAAUUUCUCCUGGAGCAACCAAAAUCAGCAAGGGCCGAGACCACCACCACCAUCAUUUAGGCCGCCCGAGGAGAAACAGCACAAUCACCUUGAGGAAAUGGUUACUAAGCUAGCUCAAACAACUCAAGACUUCAUUAAAGUGCUGAUGUGA